AUGGUUGACAAUCCAAAUCGAUUAAAUUUAAUUUGUUUACGUAAAAUUUCAUCGUUAUUAAAAUCUGAUCAAUUAUUAUGGAAAAAAUAUAUUGAAGAACGAGUUGUUAAAAUUUAUUGCGAAGAAAAUAAUCAAUCUAUAUUAAAUCUAAAUGAUCAACAAAAACGUAAACAUCGUCGUGGUGAAUCAUUUCGAAUAGAUGAUGAUGAUGAUGAUGAUAAUGAAUCAAAUAUGGAAACAAUACAUUGUUUACAUCAUAAUCAAAAUUUUUUUAUUGAAUAUUUUCUUCAUGGUUAUUGUCCAUUAAAUUCAAUAUUAUCUGAACAGCUUGCUAAUUAUUUAGUAGCACAUGAUCAAUUGAAUGAUUUUACUUUAACACUUUUUUCAUCAAAUGUAACAUGUUUAAAACGAUUAGUAAUUAAUAUAAAAUAUUUAAGUCGAUUACAAUGUCAUAUACUUAAUCAACAUCCAAAUUUAAUUGAAUUAGAACUUAUUUUUAAGGAUUCAAAUUUAAAUCGAACAAAUAAUAUGACAAAUGAAAUAUUUUAUCAACAUAUAUGUCCUUCGAUAUAUUCAGAAUUUGAUGAAAUAUUUACUAUAUAUAGUCCAUUUAUAUUAAAUUAUAUAAAUUCAAAAUUACAAAAUGAAUCAAGACGAUCAUCUGUAUCUAGUAAAACUAAUUUAUUACAAAAUUUACCAAAUUCAUCAGAUGAAUUUUUACAUCAUAAAUUAUUAAGUGAAAUUUUUAGUAAUUUACAUCCAACAACAAUUGAAAGAUUGAAAAUCUUAAGUCUUUCGCAUUAUAAAUUUUUUGCUGCUUCUCAAUCAACUGCUUCAAGAAAAUAUUCACUUGCUGAUAUGUCACCAUUAACAAAAUGUACGACAACUUCAUCUUCAACAAUGACAACACCUGCAAUAAAUUCAAUUCCAAUGAAUCUUCGUUUAUUAUUAAAAUUUACUAAUUUAACAUCGUUAAAUUUAAGUGGAACAGAUAUUAAGAAUCCAUGUUUUGAUAUAAUUAUAAAUUCAUUAGAAAACUUAGAUACAUUUGAUUUAUCAUCAUGUCGUUCAAUAAAAUUCUUUCAUUCAUUAUUAAAAUUAUCAUUAAAAUUAAAAUGGCUUAAUUUAUAUAAUUGUUGUUUUAAUAUGCAACAAAAUCCAACUAUUUAUCAUAUAUUAUAUCAAUUAAAAUAUCUUGAAUAUUUAGAUAUAAGUAAUGAUAGUACAAUAAAUGAUAAUGACAAUAAUAAUAAUAAUAAUAAUCCUAUAAUUGAUAAUGAAAAUGAUAUAAAUAAAUUUUUAUGUCAAAUUAAUUGUUUACCACGUUUAAAACAUUUCGAUGUAAGUGGACAAAAAACAAUAUCAUCAAUAGCAUUACAUAAAUUUUUAUUAAAUCAUUUAAAUUUACAAUUUCUUGGAUUAUUUCUAACAAAUGAAAAAUAUUCUUCAUGUAUAUUUGAUUUAAAUGAUCGAUGUUAUUCAAAAUAUCGUCAUUAUACAUAUGAUUAUCAUCAUAUAUCAACAGUAACAUUAACAGAAAAUGAUUUAAUAGUAUAUGAACCUUAUCUUAUCGAAGCAUUAAAACGUUAUCGUGAACGUGUUGGUUUUAUACAAAAAAUUCUUUAUAAUAUUUUUUUUCUUACACGUUCAUUUCAUUCAAAACAACAAAAUCUUCUCAUUGAACUUACACUUCAUAUUAUGUCAAUACAUCCAAAUAUACAAUCAGUGCAAAUGGCAUCAACAGCAUGUAUAUAUAAUUUAACACGUUCACCUAUAACAGAUCAAAUACAUGUAAAAUAUUUGGCACAAAUUGUUCAAGCAAUAAUGAAUGUUAUGGAAACAUUUCCAAAUCAUCAACAAUUACAAAAAAAUUGUCUAUUAACAUUAUGCAGUGAUAGAAUUUUACAUGAACCACAUUUUAAAUUUUAUUUACUGGCAACAUUAGUUAUGCAUAAUCUACAGAACAAUACUGAUUUAGCUACUAUACAACCUGGUGUCGCUAUUUUAUCAUUAUUAACAACAAGGAUUAUAAAACAAAAAAUGGCAACACGAGGUCCACAAACAAAAGUACAGAAAGUAAUGGUUCAACCUAUUAAUUUAAUUUUUCGUUAUUUACAAAAUCGUUCACGUAUACAAGUUUGGUUAUAUGAACAAAGUUCAACACGUAUUGAAGGAUAUAUUAUUGGUUUUGAUGAAUAUAUGAAUUUAGUUUUGGAUGAUGCUGAAGAAAUUUUAAUAAAAAAAAAUCAACGAAAAAAAAUUGGAAGAAUUUUACUUAAAGGUGAUAAUAUUAGUUUAAUUCAACAAGUGCAAACAACAGGCGCACAAACAAAAUGA